GGACGUCCUUCUGAAACGACUCUCCCUCACUCUCAGAAAACAAGAGGACUAAAUAAGUUAGCCAAGUGUUGAUAGCUGGAGUUUAUCUUUUUCUUUUUAAGGCCAUUUUAAAACCAACUUUUAAAAGAAAAUUGCGAUAAGUGAACUAGAAAGAAAGAAACGACGCCGAGGUGGUCGACCUGAUCCAGGCAGAGGAAUUUAUUUUCCUUGUGCAUUCCUGAUGGAGUCGUACAGAGUUGGCAUUCCUAACAGUGCACCCCAGCGGGGCUACACUCAGCCGUCCCGCCCUUCCAGGCCUCACGCUAAUGGAGCUGGUUCAUACGGCCUCAGCAUCCGAGUGCAGGGUAUAGAUGGACACCCCUAUGUAGUACUUAACAACCAGGAGGGGGGUCCUCAGUCCUAUAAUGACCCCAACAGUAAUGGGUACAUCGACCCUGAUGGCUCUUUUAUUGAGAACUACCAGGAGUAUGAUUUCAGAGGAAGCAAAGAGGCUGGAUCCAACAGCCCCUUUGUGGAGUACAGGUCUCAGAAGCUGAUGAACUACACUGGGCCAGAAAAUGGUGUCACAGAACCGAAAGAAAAAACGCCGUCCACGCUUCUGAACUUUCAGAAGCACCCUGAGCUCCUGCAGCCUUAUGACCCAGAGACCAACUCCCUGAACAUUGAAGGUUUCCAUAGCCUGCCUUCCAGACCUCUACCUCUGACUGAGACUGGGAACAUACACCCGACUUCUUCCUCUAGACCUGCUGUGCCAGCAUCCUUCCACCCCAGGACAUCAAGACUGGACCAGAAUAAAGAUCCUGCAGAGCAAGCGAAAAAGCAACUUCCGUCCCAGACCAUGAAUGAUGCAGACCUGCUUAAACCCAAGUCUUUGCCACCAUCCCAGGUCGCGCAGCCUCAGACAAGACCACAAACGCAUUUGGCCCAGCCACAGUCCAAACCUCGUCUUACCAGCCUGAAUCCACCUCAGUCCAAGCCAGUAUCUAAAACUCAACACCAAACAGUCCUUCCAGCCCACCCUCAGCCCUCCACUGUGUCGAGUCCCACAAGCGAUCACAGUAAGACAUCAUGCAUAUCCUCCAGUUCUAUGAGUAGUGCCAACUCCAGCCUUGAGCGCACACGUCGUGAACCCGACGUUCUUCCCCUACGCAGAACUGACUCAAGUGGGCCAGUCCUUCAGUCUUCCUCCCGCUCCCGCCACUCCUCUUCAUCUUCCACCUCUAAGGUGGAUGAACAGAUGGAGGCCCUGUAUGCAGAUGCCAUAAACCGUCACGAGAAUCGUCGUUACAUCCCUUUCCUCCCUGGUUCAGGCAGAGACAUCGACACAGGCUCCAUCCCUGGUGUUGAUGAGCUCAUUGAGAAGUUUGACAGCAAAGACGGCAGUCAUCAACGCAGGGGCCGGGCCGGGCGCAGAAACAGGAUCAAUCCAGAGGACAGGAAGCGCUCACGGAGUGUCGAUAGUGCCCUCGGCCUGCGAAAUGGGUCUAGCUUCCUGGAUGAGUUUAACAGCAAUCGGGGCACAUUGAGGGAACAUGUGCUGCGGCCUUCUCAGCUGCGGCAGCAGAAGACAGCUGGCAGUCAGGAGUCAUCCUGUGCCACCAGCGCCCCCGGCUCCCCCCAGAGCACCAUCUCUAAAGGUGUUGGCUCCAUACAGGGGUACAAAAAGCCAGAGACUCGCACAUCUUCACUACCAUUCAUGAGGAAAAACAGUGAGGAAAGUGUUUCUUCCACUGGAAAGGUUUCAACAUCAGCAUCUCUCUCCAAGGCUCCCCCCACCACAGACAAAAAGCCCAGUACAGAGCCAGAUGCUCAGGCGACACCUGAUCUCCUGAAAGGUCAGCAGGAGCUUUCACAACAAACACAUGAAGAGACGGCUAAACAAAUUUUGUUCAAUUACCUAAAGGAUGGAAGCAAUGAUAAUGAUGAAAUGACAAAGAAAAAGGUCAACCUCGUCUUUGAGAAGAUACAGACGCUGAAGUCUCGGGCACAAAGCACAAGCGCACAAAGCGGUGACAACAAAUCGCUGGACAUCGCUGCACAGACCAAAGCUCUGCAGGAACAAAACACUGAGCUGGAGAAAGAAAUGACCGAACUGAAGCGACAACUGGAGGAGCAAACUACAAAGAAUCAGCCUGACAGAAGAGCAGCGGCAGAUUUGAAGGAGCUGCAACAGGAGCUGCAGAGGAGCACGGAGGAGUGCAAGCACGUGAGGGAAAAACUGACCAAAGCAGAGGCUGACCUCAAAACCACAGUGGAAGAGCUCUUCCAGGUGAAGAUGGAGAGGGAGCAGUAUCAGACCGAGAUCAGAGACCUGCAGGACCAGCUGUCGGAGAUGCACGACGAGCUGGACUCGGCCAAGAAAUCAGCUGAUGAUGGAGAGAAAGACAUCAUCAUGGCGGACAUGAUGCAACUCAAAGUGGAGGUGCAGGAAAUUCUCCUGGCCAAGGAGGAGCAGGAGGAUCUUCUGAGGAGGCGAGAAAGAGAGCUCACAGCUCUGAAAGGAGCCCUGAAGGAGGAAGUGGCUGCUCAUGAUCAGGAGGUGGACAAGAUGAAGGAGCAGUUUGAGAAGGAAAUAAGCAAACUGCAGACAUCAUUGGAGGAGGCCAAGCAGAGCAGCGCAGCAGUGGCCCAAGAGAAGGCUGAAGUGGAGGCAGCCAAGGGUGCAGCAGAGGGCCAAGCAGGACGGUUGACCCAAGAAGCUGAACGACUGCGCAGGCGGGCGCAGGAGCUGGAAAAUGAGGUGGCCAAACUCAACCGAAUCAUUGAUGACGCGAAGCUACAGGAGAGCAGGCUUGGGGAUAGGGUUGGCCGACUGGAGAGGGAGAAAAAGCAAUUGGAAGAGUCUUUGGGGGAAAUCAAGGAGCAAGAAGAGGAGAUGGAACGUGCCAACAGGGCGUUGACCAUCCGUCUGGAGGAUGUGCAGAGGAACUUGACCAAACUGAGCAUUGAGCACAAGGAGUUGGAGGAGAGGUUACAAGAGGAGAAGAGUCAGAAGGAGCAGUUCAAGAACAUGAAGAACAACAUAGAGGAUGAGAGGAGGCUGCUGGACCGUACAGUGGAGAAACUUCAGAAGGAGAUGAAUGAUAUUGUAGAAGCAUCCCAGUCGUCCACUCUGGAGCUGCAGGAGCAGAUUGAUAUUUAUAAGGAGAAGAACCGUCGGGAGCUGACAGAGCUGCAGAGGCUUCUGAGCGAGCGAGGACAGGAGCUGACAAAGUGCCUGCUGACUACCAAAACCCUGCAAGAGCAGUUGUCGAACCGGGAGGAGGAUCUGCGACAGUGUCAGAGGGAACGAGACGAGGCUGUGCUCAGGGAGAAGACCCUGGACCAAAAGGUUCAAGAUCUGGAGGCGGAGGCUGAGAAAAACUCUCAUGCUAAAGACGACAAAGCCAGACACAUCAAACUCAUGGAGGAAAGGAUUUCUCAGCUGGAGCUGGAUCUUGAUGAGGAGCGUCAGAGUGGAGACCAGCUGAUGAACAGGAUAGACCGAGGAAGAGAGCAGGUGGAGCAGAUGAGGAAUGAACUCCUGCAGGAGAGGGCUAGCAGACAGGACCUGGAGUGUGACAAGAUGGCUCUGGAGAGACAGAACAAGGAUCUGAAGACCAGAGUGGCUCAUUUAGAGGGCUCCCAGAAGUCCAACAAAGAGGGCCUAGUGGCUCAGCUGGAGGAUCGCGUACAGGAGCUGGAGGAGAAGCUCGAGGGAGAGGAAAGGGAACGCGCCAACCUGCAGCUGGCAAACCGCAGGCUGGAGAGAAAGGUGAAAGAGAUGAUGAUGCAAGUUGAAGAGGAACAGCACUCCAUGCAAGAUCAAAAGGACCAAUUGAAUCUGCGCCUGAAGGCCCUGAAGAGGCAGAUGGAUGAAGCUGAGGAGGAGAUCGACCGACUGGAGCACGGCAAGAAGAGGCUGCAGAGAGAACUGGACGAGCAGCAGGAGGUCAAUGAGCAGCUCCAGAGCCAGCUCAAAGCCCUGCGAAGUGAGAUUAGGCGUAAGAGCUCCUCUGCUCCGCUGCUCAACAACCUGGACGACGAUGACGACGAUGACGACAUAAGCACCGACGGUGAGACGUACUUCAGCUCGUCUUUGGGAUACAAGCGCUCCGCGAGUCAGGACAACAUCUUGUCAACCUUCACUUUAUAAACAAACUCUGACACCUGAAAUAAAGCUGCUUUACACGUAUCACUGUUGGACCAAACAUACGGAGAUCCUCGCCGCAUGCUUCUGUAGAUACUACACUGAACGAUCCGUGUAAAUAUUAAGUGAGAUAAUCUGAAUGAUAUUUUUGUGAAAUGCCUCACUUUCAACACAUUCCCCUGAAUAAUAAUUCUCUGUGUAGUUUCCAUGUAAAUGAACUCACUCAGUAUUAUCCAGCACCUCUUUGAUUAAUGAAUGAAGUUUUAGCCUAUCCAGUAGAAAUGUAUAUACUCUUAGUUAAUUUUACAGAUUAAGUCUUACCUUCCAACAUCAGUUUGUUCCUUCCUUAACUAAUGGAUGACACAUGCUUGUCAAUGAUUAGUCUAGCAUUAGUAAACUUGAAACACAUUCUCUAAUGCACUGCAAACCAGCGUACCAGUACUGCCUUUGCGAACAAUAUGAAGUUAUUAUCUCUUAUUACUUUAUGCCUAUCAAAUAUUUUUAAUUUACAUAUCAUAUCUGAUAAUACAGGUUUUUUUUAUCCUUUUUAAUGAAUGAAAAUCAAAUUUGAAAACAUGAAGUUGUUCAUGGAUGUUUGUUUUUUUCCUUUUAUUUAUUCAUAGCUGAAUAUACACAACAAAUUAGUUUUUUAGGGAACAAGUAAGGGAGUUUGUACACAUCCACUUUUAUACCAUGUUAUCGUUUUUAUCAUUUGAUGAACCGUAAUAUCAUAAAAUAUCGUCAGUUUAUAAUGUAUGUAAUCAGCUGGAUUCUGCUGUCAGGCUACUUCUAAUUCAAGUGACGUUGCAGUAUUUCUUCCACAUCCUCUGGUCAAAUUAACUGAAUCCCUGUGUGUUUUUCCACUAGACUGUUAGCAGGUAUAUCACUGAACAAACUGCAAAUAUUUACUCAAUUUCAUCUCUGGAGACAUCUCGGGUUACUUCCUUCUUAACUUCAGGCAAUGUUAAUUACUCAACAAGUCUUUUUUAAUUUAAUCUCAUAUAAUUGUAUAUGGAUUUCGUACACUGUGUAAGCAAAGCCUCACCGUGCCUGUAGACCAACAUGUGCUCGACUUCUCAAAUGUUUUGCUGAAUGACGGGAUUUCUUAAGAUGAGAUGAACUGACAAUCAAGGGUUUUCUACACUGUGAUGAUUUGCACUUUGUGUUGUUUCUGUGCUGAAUAAUUUGACCAAGUCUGAUGCUUGUGGAGGGACAGUGGACUGAGACAAAUUCCUGCCACUACCUCUCUGUACACAACUGUACAUUCAUAAAUCCUGCUGAGACUAAAAUAAAGUUGAUUGCUGUUACUCCUGACAA